AUGGAGGAAGAGGAAGGAAAAGGAGCGGUGUUUGGGUACGUUGGAACGAGCGUGGUUGUGCUUUCGUGCGAGAGUUUGGAUGUGUGCGGAGAAGAAGAAGAAGAGAAAGGGAUUUUGAUGAUCGACGAUUGUUCGGUGGAAACUGUCGGGGAGAAGUUGAAAAGACAAGCGUUUCGAGGAGAAGACGAAGAAGAAGAAGAAGCCUCGCCGACAUCUGUCGUCGACGGCCAACAACGCCUCCGUUCUCCUCUCUCUCGCGAAAGACGACGUAAAAAGCAAACGCACGCCAUCGAACUGGAACUUUACAACGCCGUCCUUUCCAACCAAAUCUCGCAUAAACUCACCGUCACGGAUAAAACCGUCCACCUGGUUCUCUUCAAACCAAAACCAACUCCGCACUGGCCUCGGCUCCUCGCCACGCGCGAAAAGUUCCGCCACGUCAAAACCGACUUUGACAGCUGGAAAGACGAAGACGAAGAGUUGGAAGACGAGAACAAGUUCACGUUCGACGCGAAUAAGAUGUUGAAAAUCGACCAGUACGAAGACGCGGAGUUAUUCGACGAUAUCUCCUCGGACGACGAGGACAUGCCGGACUUGACCGAAAUGGUUUAA